AUGCUCAGUUUAAGGAUAAACAAUUUUAUAACGGGGAAUCUACUCGAAGAUUUAUUAGGUUCUAUAUUGAGAGCUGUACCUAAGAAGAAAGUUUCGCAUUCAAGGAAAGCUAUGCGUUCUGCUAAUAAAGGUUUACGUGAUAAGAAUAAUUUAGUACACUGCCCUGCAUCUGGUUUACCAAAACCUGCUCAUCAUCUCUCACAAGAACUCUACAGUCAACUAAAGCGUAAUUGGAAGUCAUCUCAGAAUUAA